UUCAAAUCAGGAACUAACCCACUUUCACCUGAUCAUAAAUUUGGUACAAUCGCAAUUACAAUAAGUGAUAUGAAUACAUGUUUCCAGUUUAAGUCCAAGUAAAACAUUGUACACAUGUGCCCAACCCUUAUGCAUAUUCCAUGAUACCCCUGGGUUUAACCCUCCUGGGUUAGGGUUAGGGUUAGGGUUAGGGUUAGGUAAGCUUCCUAGAGGACUGGCAUAGUCAUCUGAUGUUGCAUCGGGCCGUGCAUAAACAUUAACCAAAUACAUACUAAUCAAGAGCUCUGCAAAGACAUAUAUUAGUUCCCUGUGGUUUUGGGCAGAUUGGAGAAACAGGUUUUAGCCUAUAAAAUAAUAAUAAUAAAAAAUAUUCCAGUUUUACUUACAGAAUAUAUAAAAGUCGACUGUAAUAAAUACCUGGGUUUGUAUUCUAACAGAUCUCUGCAGUAAAGAUACUUGACUCUUGCGUAACUAUUAGAUUCGUUGAUUUUUAGACUUAAACUUGUUCGACAUGCUGAGAAAAAAAAAAAGUGACACAGUUGGGUAUAUAAUGGAGUGGAGGCACAGGAUAAAGAGUUUUUCAAUAUUGAAGUAAAGGUACUAGUGUGGCAUACGUGCGUACACACGAACAUGAUGCACUGUACUUAGGGUUUGAUCCGCGCUCAAAACAAAAGUUAACAAAAACGUGAACGCGCAUCCUGCCGCCUCCUGCGAGGUCGCGCGUAUUGUUGGAACGCAUCAGCACAUCGGCACUCUUAUUGGCUGAAACGGGCGGGUGGUGCCGUGUUGUGAUGAACAUCCAGCUCAGCCAAUAAAACAGCCCGCAGUUUGUGGGAGGCAGAGUCUAGCUCGUGCGAUUAGAUUUGGCCGCACGGCCUCUAUCAAUCGAUAGGGGAACAGAAGAUGGCGGUCCGUCUGGUGUGAGGUGGAAGAGAUACACCACGCCAGUCGAGAGUCUUACGAGUUUACACCUGAAAAUAGUACCCUGGAUACAUAGGGCCUCCGUCCGGGCUCAGAGGUACAUUUUAAAGGGGAAGCGGGGAUGAGAGGGGAACGAUAAGGAGCUGCACAUCACGAGUUAAUCGCUGACUGGGAUAAUAAACAACCAUGUCGUUCAAAAAUAGCACGAAAUCAACCCAUAUGUAGCGCAAUUAACAAAUGCAAUUUGCGUUAUUUACCAAGUGAUAUAACUGGCAUUUUACAUGUUUGGAAGGCGCUGGACUUUUACGCGUUUGCUGACGAAUGGCUUGCAAACGUUCGUUCAGAAUGCAUGAUGUAAACAAGGUAGCAAGCGCGUUUUCAAACCAUCGCGCGUUCUUCAUACUGUUUAGCGCUGAACAUUUUUGCAGGUUUACAGACCAAGUUCACAAAGUUUUAAAACUUGUAUGUGGUUCAGACGUGCACAUGAAACCAAAUGUACAUGUUUGCAUGCAAAGCCCAACCCCUCCCCCAAGUCUUUGAAUCCUAUCCUCAAUCUCACUAUGGUAUUUGUUCCUCAGUGCUGGUGACCCUAGCAGUGAAUACAUUAUUCCAGCGUCCAGCGGUAAUGGAGUUCCACCGACACAGCCAGUAUAUCCUAGAGCAGUUCAACCAGCAGCGAGAGAUGGGGAUGCUGUGUGACUGCACCUUCAUGGUGGACGGAGUGGUUUUCAAGGCGCACAAGGCGGUGCUGGCGGCCUGCAGCCAGUACUUCAGGAUGCUGUUUGUAGAGCACAAGGAAGUGGUUGACCUGGACAUUAGUAGCUCAGAAGGCCUCGGCAUAGUGCUGGACUUCAUGUACACUGGCAUAUUGAACCUAACCAGUGAAACAGUGGACAACGUGCUUGCAGUCGCUAGCUUUCUACAGAUGCAAGCCGUCACAGUCAGCUGCAGGGUUUUCAAAUCCCCCCAGAAAACAGGAGCAGGCAGUGUGAAUACUGGUGCUCGGAACACAAGCAGGUUCAAGUCUCUAGCCAAAAAAACAAAUGCUCCAAUGCGAGCGGACAAGGUAUUGACAUGGGAAGUGCAGCCGCUGUCCACAGGGGAGACGCCAGAGAGUGUGGGGACAGGGCCAGCUGGGAGAUUAACACUGAGGCUCAAACAGGAAGAAGGACAGUCCGCAGUGGAGCCAGCAGGCAUGGAGGUGGAGCAGGAGGACUCUGAGAGCGAGGAGACAGAAGACGAGGAGUCAGAGAUUAAAGUUGAGGUUGAGGAGGAAGAUGAAGAGGCGCUUGUAUAUGUGGAUGAUGUAUGUGAUGUUGAUUACACUCCAGGGAAUUCCAGCUUUAAAGGGAAGUCAGCUGAAGGAGAUUUUCAGUCUACGGCUCUGCAAGGAACAAAAAUGUCCAGUUCCAAAGGGAUGCAUGGUCAGCGUUUCAGAAAUAAACCCAAACACGAGCCACACAAACUCACAGAUGCUGAAAGGAUGAGACUGUACAGACAGCGCAUCAAAAGCGACCCUGUAAAGUAUGAGGCUUAUCGCCAGUAUAACACAAUGCGAUCCAGAAAAAAACGACAGACAAUGACCGAGGAGCAGAAGGAGAGGUAUAACACACUGCAGAAAGAGAGUCACGUGAAGAGAAAAGCUCAGAGGGCCAGACCUACACCCACCACAGCGUUGUGCAGAACUCCUUUAACUACUGAACAGAUUGCAAAGUUGCAAGAGCUAUGGCACGCCCACAGAGAAGAGGAGCAGGAGAAAAACAGGAAACGGGGAAGAAAGCAGAGAUAGAGUGGCAUCUCUACGGGGGCGGAAAGGAAGAGCCCACAAGCUAAAAAACUUAAGGCAAUGAUCAGCAUGCCAUGUGGGAGACGAAACGCCACGUUUGCCAGCCCUCCUGCCGCCUUUUUUUUUUUUUGCUUUUGCUUUUGUCCUAGCAUUCAAAAUGAAUUGUUAAUUUCAGCUAAAAGUAACUAAGAUUGGGUUUUAAUAGACCAGUGGGUUUGCCUAACAUAUUAGUGCUCUUGAUGGCCUUACUCUCCUCUUCAAAUCCGGUGUGUAAACUCGGUUCUUCUAGUGGCCUCGCAUUACCUGUCUUUGUGUAAAAUGCCGGAUUGUUAGAUUGCUGCUGCUAAUUUGGAGAUCUUCAAAGCCUCUUCUAUGAACACACAUUGUGAUUUUCUUUUUGUAUUUACAACUAACUUUUUAAGAAAAAAAAAUGUACAUAGCCCAGCUAUUCUAAAUUGUUAUGAAGCUAAAUAAACUGCUUGCAACUGUGAUUACGAUAAACUGUAAACAUACUGUGUGAAACCAUAAUGUAUAACGAUCUUGAAACUUGCUGUCCAAUAUUAACAGAACCACAUGUGGUAAACUUGGAAUGGCCAGUUAAAUCUACAGUAACGAACGGAUGAAACAUUUUCUAGAGAUCGCUGUCCCACCUUCUGAUGAAGAUGCAUUUCGUUUCUAAGUUCUUCUGUUCAAUAUCAUCUUUAAUAAAGGUCAAUGACAGCAUGUCCCUGUAGAAUUGUGCAUCUUCUAUUUAUAAAUCUACUUAUCAAACAUAUGUUCAUGCUGUUACCCUUGCAAUAACUUCAGUAAUUUAACUAAUUUAGAACAAGCUGCUUUAAACUUACUGGUUCCAAGUUCUGUCAUGAAGUAAGAAUGGGUGCGUAUUCUGGGGUUCUGUUUCACAUCUGAAGUGUUUAGGGGUUCAGUCUGGCUCUGUUUGGUCCACUUGACAAUUCCAUCAUCACAACUGAUCCUGGGGGCGGAUUAUGGAACGGCUCCACCAUAGGCAGAUAACUCAGUGAAUGAUGCUGUCUCUAAGUCUUGUGGGGUGCGGUGGCAGGGUGGCACAAAGUCCCGCAGGAGAUGACUGGAACC